GUGAGAGUGAAUCAGACAGGAGGGAUUAGGCUGAAGCAGUUUAUGAACUGGAAGAGGCGGACUCCUGACCUGAAAAUGUUGACGCUGAUAAUCAGCCCUGGUGUAGGGCGAUUGGACAUCAGGACAGUUGCCUUGCGGACGGUGGUACGGCCUGAUGCGACUCAGCCCCCACAGCCUCAGGCGCCCGCAGCAAUGCCCUGACACCCAACCAUAUAUGAGACUGACCUUCGAGUAUUGUCUUUCCAGCGUUUUCUUCGUCUUUCGCACGUAUUCCAUUUUCCAUCAUGCCGAACAAUUCUACGGAAUUCCUUGAAGUUGAGGAUGUCGAGUUUAAGCGAACACCCAAACUGCACCGCUCGCGGUCUGGCGGCUAUGCAGACCACCUUGAAGAGAAAGACGACCGAGAGAGAAGGGAGCGUGAGCGUGAGAUGAAGGAAUACUACAACAGUCGAUACUCAUUGCGACAAGAAGAGCGAUCGGACCUGCUCUACGUCGGCUACGCAGCCCAGCGCAGACCCCGGCCAUCCGAGAGAAGCCAAAAGAAAGAUGAAGUGGCCCCCAACUACCAUGUGCGCGAAGUCAAGCCGAAGGCGUUAAACGAGCUAGCUGGGAAGCCUGUGGUAUCAGGUGAGCUUCCGAUACGCGAACGGAAGCCCACCAUCAAGAUACCCAAGGUGGAGAUACACCAGGAAGACCCUCCCUCGUCUGCGAAAGAGAAAGAGACGCCAAAAAAGAGUCCUACGGCAAGCCCGACGUCGCCGUCCGGGCAUCCGCGGCUGCGAUAUAAGUAUUCGAAGCUCCAAGACAAACUCGCUUUCGUCGAGACGACCUGCUCAAAGUACCUGGAUGUUGAAGCUGCCGCUCCGCAGGAUCUAACCUUUGCCAAGAUCUCGGAGCAAGUCAAGGGCGUCGCUUUUGAUCUGCAGAUUUGGAGUCAUAUCGCCAACAUCGAGGACAAGGUCAAGGUGGAUUCGCAGAUCCCUGAAGCAGCAUCGCGGAUCCUGGAUCGCUUGAUCCGUCGAGUGGAAGACUUAAGCGAAGCAUGUGGCAAAGCGAGGCCAAAGGACCUCAAAAUAGGACCGCUUCCUCAGGUCCUGCUUGAUGAUAGUUUCGGUAGUUUUGAUGAUGCCGAAGACGCCACAGAAACAGACUUCGGGGACGUGACUGAGAGCUUGGGUUUUGUUAUUGAAUCUCACCUCCAGAGCAUCGACCUGCAGGCCCAAAUGCUCAAGACGCUGACGCGUUCUCUGCAGGACGCGACGCUCGGUGCCAAAGAGGAAGCAGUCGCAGUGGGUGGGCUUGUGUCAGAGGUAGGCAAGUUCUUCGGCUCGCAAGAAGCGAUGGAUCGAUAUCGCAUUGACACUCGGUUUGCUGGAGGGAAAGCUUUAGAGGAGGCGCGGUAUGCUGCUGGCAACGGCUACUGAAAGUGAGGUGUAAACAACUUUGAAGAGCGGCAGGCACAACCAAGGCAGGACGGUGGCACUGGCGCACGCUGUUGGAUAUAAGCGGAGUUAACCUUGCACUAUUGAUCUCAAGAGAGCAUCGUCGCUGAGCGUAAUCUUUCACACGCUAUGAAAUACUGGAGAUUGGCGCAAUAGUUAUGAGCGAUGGCGUCGAAGGAGUGCAGGUAUCAGUGUUUUGGCCAACCACGGGAAUCUAAUCACUUGGAUCGUUUCAAACCACUCCGAUCCGACCAUGCCGCUGAAAAUGCACAAAGAACGUUGAAGCCAACACUCAGGUCCUCUCCCUACUUCAAUCAGCUGGUCGUUAUGACACGCCUAGACUUGGAAUCUCGCCCAUGUCGUUCUUCGUUUGGCCGCCCAAGGUGUACG